AUUUAUUCUUUAAAAUUAGUUCCAAGACAGUUAAGUUCCACACAUGUACGGUAAAAAUAUUGACUUGAAGAUUUCUAUCACUGUAAAUAUAGGGUAAAGAUACGAUCAUGGAUGCUUGGUAGAUCACUCUUUAAGCGAGGACAAAUAAUUUAAAACUUAUGUAGUUCAAAGACAAACCUUUUCGGCUUACCUAACAAGUAUUAUUGAUACAGGGUAUAUGAACUGUGAUGCGAGGUGCAGAUCGAAACAAUGCAAAUGCUAUUCUCAUAUAUGCAUAUAUACAUACUUGUGAUAAGCUUGUCCUAUUGUGCUGGAGUUCCUGUCCAUGGCUGGAGCUUGCGUCCGCGCUGGUGGUUGGGCGAAUCUCGUCCAGAUCGUGAUGUAGUGAGGCCUACGCAAUGGGAACUAAGGCAGCGUUUCUUGCUUGAUUUGUUGCUGCAGGUGCACAAGCCUCUGCUCCAACAGGAGCUCACCGACAUGGGCCGCGAUCUUAACGAGACUCCCAGUGAUUACGAAGCGGGUAGCUGGCCGCUGUUGCGGGAUUUUUUUGAGCGCGUCCAUCAGAACCGCAUAUUGCGUCCAUACAGCAUCUAUAGCCUGUUGCAGGAGGAGCUGCCACAGCAGCUGUUAGACGUCUAUCGUUUUCUCUUGCUAGCCAAAGACUGGAAGAUCUUUCAGCGCAACGCCUGCUAUGCACGCAGCCACUUUAAUCCCGUGCUCUUUGUGCAUGCGCUGCAGUUGGCGAUUGACGGACGUGAGGACACAAAGGAUCUGAUGAUGCCGGCCAUGCAUGAGGUGCUGCCACAGCUAUACUUUGACAAGGAGCUGAUACGAGAAGCACAGUUUGUUAAUUGGCAGCAGUUGGCGCCAGUUAUUCCAAAGCGCAGCUGGAGAGAGACACUGGGCAGCAUUGUUUAUCCAAGGAAAUUCAGUCCGCCGCCGGAGCUGGAGCUAAUGCCCGCCGAUCCGAUUGUCAUAGAAGUGAAUUUCACUGGAAUGCAGCUGAGCUUGGAUGUAGCAUUAAAUGGCUAUUGGAGCAGGCUUAUAAGUCGGCUGAUUAUCGUCACGAAAGAUAAGGAAGACCUUGCGCCUGCUAUAAUAGACGGCGAUCGCAUGAUGCCGUUCCGUAAUGCUCAAGAUGAAUGGACAUAUCGACAACAAUUAGAGAGUCAACGCAAGCCAGAAAACGGGCAGUUACUGAUGCACAACAUAAAGCAAUUUGUCGCAUUGCUGCAACUGGAGGAGCUGGCAACGGGCACCAGAUCGAUGGAGUUGGUUAGGCCCACAUUGAUGACAACGGGAGGUGUACCCUACAAGGCGACAGCGCUCAAUGCUGAGGACGUGCGGCAAUUGAUAAGCCAGUCUAUUGAAGAGCUGCAAGGUCGCAUUGAUAAGCAGCUGCAAAAAGAUCAAGAAAUUCAGACAAUGGCAGCAGUGGGUGAGGUGAUUGCAGCGCAAUACUGGCCGCUCUGUAGACAUCUCAGUCUGGCCAUCAACGGCAAUCGUGUGGAGCCCAAUCUACUAGGCAUGACCACGUCCAACCUGAGGGAUCCCAUUUACCGCUCACUGCUUCUCCAACUGGCUAAACUCAUUGCGCAAUAUGAGCCAGAGUCACAGGCGCCAUCCCAGCAUCAGCAGCUAUUGCAGUUGCGCCAAAUCCGGGUGGGUCACUUGGAAACCUAUGAGGAGCCCAUAGACACGGAUCUGAUUAAUUUGAUGGACCAGCAGCUGCUUCAGACACAGCGCAACAAUUUGCAAUUGCUACGACGACGUCUUGUGGCUCGUCAUUUCCGCUUAAACCAUAAAGCAUUUAAUAUCACCUAUGAACUGUCCGUUCCCUAUAAGAUGUUUGCAGUGAUUCGCAGUUAUCUGGUGUCGCCUGGCAGAGAUCAGCCUCAACUGCUACUGGACAGUUUUGUUAGUGAGUUGGUAAGUGGUGAAAAUUUAGUAGAGCGUCAAUUCCCCACAGCUUUGAAUGCACACACGCUUAGCGAACUCUAUGAAGCCAAGGCCCCGUUCGAUGGUCCCAAGCCUUGUUCAUUUCCUAAGCAUCUUCUGCUGCCUCGUGGCACCGCCAAGGGUCUAAAACUACAAUUGCUUGUCCAAGUGCUUCAAUGGAAUGGCUCUGAGCUGAGCGCUGAGUGUGAAUGGGCUGGCUGGGCUUCAGAUUGGAAUUCUCCUGUACUUGCCAGCGUACUCUCAGAUGUGGCUAUCUACCAUCAGAACUCGCAGGACUUAAACUAAAUGAAUCUUACAUGGCGAAGAGAUUCAUCAAUAUCAAUAUAUUUUAACUCAAUAACAAGCAAAAUGAAGAAAGAGUGAUUUCACAGUUAAUACUGAUUUAAA